AUGUCCUGCCAGCAGAGCCAGCAGCAGUGCCAGCCCCCUGCCAAGUGCCCUCCCAAGUGUCAAACCCCAAAGUGUCCUCCAAAAUGCCCCCCUAAAUGUCCUCCCAAGUGCCCCCCUGUGUCUUCCUGCUGUAGCCUGGGUUCUGGGGGCUGCUGCAGCUCUGGUGGCUGCUGUGGCUCCAGCUCUGGUGGUUGCUGCAGCUCUGGGGGAGGAGGCUGCUGCCUGAGCCACCACAGACCCCGCAGAUCUUUCCGUCGUCAUCGCCACAGCUCUGGAUGCUGUAGCAGUGGUGGCAGCAGUGGGUGCUGUGGCAGCAGCGGUGGCUGCUGUGGCAGCAGUGGUGGCAGCAGUGGCUGCUGUGGCAGCAGUAGUGGUUGCUGUGGCAGUAGCCAGCAGUCUGGAGACUGCUGCUGA